UUGCCAUACCUCUGACUAUCCUCGCAUUAUCUGCCUCAUCCUGAGAGACUUGGCAAGAGCAGCUACUUGUCUCAAGUAAGAUCAGCUAAGCUCUGAAUAUGGACAAGAAGUUGGACCUGUCCAGACUAACAGAAGAGGAGGCCAAACAUGUUUGGGAAGUCAUUCAAAGAGACUUUGUCCUCAGGAAGAAGGAAGAGGAGAGACUUGGGGAGCUUAAAUCCAAGAUCGAGAAGGAAGAAACAAAGAGGGAACUCCUGGGGUCUCAGUCAAACCUGGCUGACUCUCACUGUAUCCGCUGCCUGCAGCCUUUUAAGUUUCUGGUGAACAGCAAACGGCAGUGUAUAGACUGUAAACUCUACACCUGCAAGACCUGUAGCCGCUACAACAAGAAGGAUCGUGGCUGGGUAUGCGACCCUUGCCGCAUGUCCAGGGUCCUGAAAAUUGGAACCUUGGGUUGGUACCAUGACAAUGUACGCUCUCGCUUCAAACGUUUUGGCAGCGCAAAAGUGAUGAGGUCACUGUACAAACGAUUAAAUGAAGAGGGGCACCGUGAUGAUGACACACAGAGCAUGCCUGAUGUGCGCAAUGUGUAUAAUGGUCACGAUGAGGAACAUUUGGAUGCAUCUGAAGCUCAACGCUAUAAGCAGAUGCGAAAGACCAAGCGUCUUCUCUCUGUCCACCCCAUGGAUCUUGACAUGGAUGACUAUAGCACUCACUCUCGCAGACAGUCUGUCCAGUACAUCCAUGAAGACAGAGGUCAACGGAAUGAUGUAGAAUACAACGCUGACAUGUACCAUCACCAUAAUCAUCGCAUGAACCGUAGGAAAAGUCUUGACAGGUUCUCGCGUCCAGAUGAUGGCAUAUACUCUGAACACAGAAUGGUACGCACUCGCUCUCUGUCUAAAAUCAACUCCUCUGUAGCCCCGCGUCAGAUCUAUCUGGAUACUUCAGAGGAGGAGGAUAUGUUCCGUUACCCUGUCUACCAGCUGCCCCCACGACGCCGCAGUCGGGCAUCAUCUCAGGAAAACAUUCAUCAAGGUGCACCACCGAUAAAUGAACUGACCAAGAGAAUGUCUGCCAUUGAGAGUCUCUUAAAUCGACUGGAAGAGAAAAUGACUUUGCCUCCCGAUCAGCCUGUCCAGUCCACAGCAGGGCAGAUGGAGGAGGAAAAGCUGAGGAGAAAACUAGAUGAGCUGAUGAGUGACAAGGCGCUUUCCUCUGACGAGGAUGAGCCAAAGAGGCCCCCUCAGUCCAAAGGGUCUGCUAUGAGGGGGGACCAGGCACCAAUAGCCCCUGCAACCCAAGAACCCUUGAGCUCCUCCAGUGAUGAGAUGCCCACUGAAGCACAAAAGAGAUCCACCGCGGCGGCCCUAUGCGACAUCACAACUGAGAUUCUAAGAACAAUUAAUGCCACUGAAAGCGCUAUGAACGAGUUGGCCCCCUCAAAUCCUAAUGACAGACUUCAGUUAGAGGGCACAGAUCUUAAGCAGGCUGAUGAUGCAUACAGGGAACUUGAGGAAAAUGUCUACAUGACAGCAGGGAAGUCUUUCGAUAUGGCGAAAAAGUUGCAAAUGAUGGAGCAGAACGCCAAGAAUCACUAUGGCGGCCCGUUAACUGAUUCAGAGCUCUCUGAACUGGAGGACCAGGUUGCUUUGGCAGCUGCCAAAGUUCAGAGCACAGAAAGUGAGGUCUCAGACAUUGAGGGCAAGAUAGCUGCUCUAAGUGCUAAAGGAUUAUCAUUUGAUAAAGCCAAGAAAAAGGCCCUGAGUAUACAACAAAAAAGGAAGUUUUCUCAAGACAGAGUACACUUUUAAGUGUAAACAGGACAUCAUGUUAACUUCUUUAACAUCUUACAUAUUCCCUAUGGCAAAAUAUCUGUGCCUAUAUUUGACUAUACUUGACAGUGUGCUUCAUAAUACGUGAAAGAUUUUUGACACUGAUCUUGAGUUAGAAUCACUAAACUCUUUGUGUGUUGUGUAAAUUGUAUUAGGCAACUUCAUCAAAUCCCAAUCUAACUAAAAAAUUAAUAGUUUACAGACAAUAGAUGUCAAUCAAGUAUUCAUGCCAAGAAAAAUAAGAUUAACUUCUGUUAAUGUAUUACUUUUCCUCGCAUGUUUUGUUCUUCAAAUUGCCUUUCUAACUUUGAGAUUUUAAUAAUAAAG